AGGUUACCCAAAAAAAAAAAAAAAAAAAAAAAAAAAGGAGCACAGCAAUCAGCUGAGUUAAAACUCAAAGCUUGGGAUUUCACAUCUGCAAUGCUAAUGGCUGCAACUGCGAGCUCCAGCACCCUUCUUAGACUCACCCCAUUCCUUGGCCAAACCAGAAGUUCAAGUUCUAAUGCUUUCAGAGAUGUUGUCCCUAUGGGAACUGCCAAAUACACCAUGGGGAACGACUUGUGGUAUGGACCAGACAGAGUGAAGUACUUGGGACCCUUUUCUGCACAAACUCCAUCAUACCUGACUGGUGAAUUUCCUGGUGAUUAUGGAUGGGACACUGCUGGCUUGUCCGCUGAUCCAGAAGCCUUUGCCAAAAACAGGGCUCUUGAGGUGAUCCACGGCCGUUGGGCAAUGCUUGGAGUGGGCUGCAUCACCCCAGAAGUCCUUGAGAAAUGGGUUAGAGUGGACUUCAAAGAACCAGUCUGGUUCAAAGCAGGAGCUCAAAUUUUCUCAGAAGGUGGUUUAGAUUACUUGGGCAACCCCAAUCUUGUCCAUGCUCAGAGCAUUCUGGCAGUGCUUGGCUUCCAGGUCGUCCUUAUGGGACUUGUUGAGGGAUUCCGUAUCAAUGGUCUUCCCGGAGUAGGAGAGGGUAACGAUCUGUACCCUGGUGGCCAGUACUUCGACCCCCUUGGUCUCGCCGAUGACCCUGUCACAUUUGCUGAGCUCAAGGUGAAGGAAAUUAAGAACGGCCGGCUUGCCAUGUUCUCCAUGUUCGGUUUCUUUGUCCAAGCCAUCGUCACAGGAAAAGGUCCAUUGGAGAACCUUCUGGAUCACCUUGACAACCCAGUUGCAAACAAUGCUUGGGUCUAUGCUACCAAGUUUGUGCCUGGAUCGUAAAUUCAAUGUUUUUAAUAGUUCAAUCUUGUCAUUGUGAAUGAAACAGAAUGCAUAUUCUAUGUAGAUCAUUAUUAGUAGAUAUUAAAAAAAAAAAAAAAAAUAUCACUCUGUAUCAGUUUGAUAUCUGAAAUGACUAGGAUUUUCUAGUGGUGCUGAUCUUCCUUGUUUAAACAAAUAGAGGGAUGACAUAUAUUCAAAAUAAGCGAAUUAAUUAGUACUAA